GCCAAGAAUGUCUUCAAAAUUCACCAUUUUCUUCCUCACACAGAUCUUCUCCUUCCUGUUUAUUUUUCUGUCCCAUGGAUCCUUCACAGAAGCUCAAUCUAACGAUUCGAAAACUACAAAUAUCGGAGCGAUCAUCGAUGCAAAUUCCCGUAUUGGCAAAGAACAAAAAAUAGGCCUGGAAAUAGCAGCUCAGAACUUCAACAGCAACACUUCAAACAUGCAAAAGCUAGUCCUCCAUUUCAAAGACCCUGGCAGAGACCCCCUCCAAGCAGUUUAUGCUGCUGAGGAGCUGAUUAAAGAAGAAGUACAAGUGAUUGUUGGGAUGGAGACAUGGCAUGAGGCAACUGUAGUUGCAUCCAUUGGCAACCGAGAACAAGUCCCAAUCCUUUCACUUGCAUCAACGGCCAUCAUUUCACCGCCAUCAAAUGCCCUUCGUUGGCCUUUCUUAGUACAAAUAGCCACCAAUGGCUCGCAACAAGUGAAUUGCAUUGCAUCCAUUCUUCAAUCCUACAAAUGGAAAAAAGUAAUAGCGAUAUAUGAAGACGAUAGCUAUGGUAGCGAUUCCAGUGGGCUAGCUUUGUUAUCUGAAUCACUUCAUAGCAUUGGCACAGAGAUUGAGCACCACUUAGUUUUCCCGCCAUUCUCUUCUCUUUCUGAUCCACAAGGGUUUGUUCAUAAAGAAUUUGUGAGUUUGUUGCAUAAACAACAAUCUAGGGUUUUUUAUCAUUCUUCAGUCAUCAUUACCUUUGGCUAUUCAUUUGUUCAGAGAAGCUAAGCAAUUAGGGUUGGUGGGGAGAGACUCAGUGUGGAUAAUAACAGAUGCAAUUUCGAGUCUUUUGGAUUCUGUUAACACUUCUGUUAUCUCCGAUAUGAAAGGUGCUCUAGGAAUUCAGGCGUAUUAUAACGAAAGCAAUCAAUUUUUUCAAAAUUUUAAAC